AUAAGCAGCCAUGAUGGAAGAUAAAGGUCCACGUGUUGCCGACUACUUUGUAGUGGCAGGUAUGACAAGUGCAUCCAAACCACUUGAAGAAGAAAUUCAGUUCAAUGACAGCUGCCACAAAAUCGCCAAACCUAAAGCGCCGAUCACAGAUGUGGCUGUCAUUGUGAAGUCAUUAGGAGAGGACGUUCCCCAAGGGUAUACGUGUGUGGAAGUCACUCCAACUGGAUUAUCAGCUGAUCUUAACAAUGGGAGUUUGAUGGGACCACAGAUUUUCCUGUGCUACAAAAGAGGGAGAGAUAAGCCACCACUGACUGAUCUGGGGGUUUUAUAUGAAUGGAAAGAGAGGCUAAAGCAUGGAUGUCAGAUUAUUCAAACAACUCCUUACGGUCGUCCUGCUAAUAUAAGUGGUGGGACUUCAUCUCAGCGAAUCUACAUAACAUAUCGCAGGGCACAAGAAAACAUAGCCCAGAAUUCCCUGGCUGUCACUGAUAUUUGCAUAAUUAUUCCUAGUAAGGGAGAGACACCGCCACACACUUUCUGCAAAGUGGACAAGAACCUAAACAGCAGCAUGUGGGGAUCAGCAGUGUACCUGUCUUAUAAGAAGUCUUUGGCCAAGACUAAUGCUAUAGCUUACAAAGCCGGCUUGAUAUGCAGGUAUCCAGAAGAAGAUUAUGAAUCCUUUCCAUUGCCUGCAUCUGUACCUCUCUUUUGCUUGCCUAUGGGUGCAACCAUUGAGUGUUGGCCUUGUAAUACCAAAUAUCCACUCCCUGUCUUCUCUACGUUCGUGUUAACUGGAGCUUCGGGAGAAAAGGUUUAUGGAGCAGCUAUUCAGUUCUAUGAGCCUCUUCCUCAAGAGAGCCUGACAGAUAAGCAGCGAUCACAGCUGGGGUUGGUCAGUGCUAUGGACCGAAAACCCAUCCUCUCCAAAACAGUUCACACAAACAAGUGCAUCUGCCUCCUGUCACACUGGCCAUUCUUUGAUGCCUUUCGAAAAUUUCUCACAUUUUUGUAUCGAUAUUCCAUCUCUGGACCUCAUGCACUACCUAUUGAGAAACACAUCUGCCAUUUUAUGCACAAUGCCCCAUUUCCUUCUCCACAGAGGCCAAGGAUUCUCGUGCAGCAAUCACCUCAUGAUUCUUUGAUGCUUUGUCAACCGGUAUCAUCCCCACUCCCAUUGAGCGGUGGCAGUUUCAUUACUUUGCUACAAAAUCUGGGACCUGAAAAUGCUAUAUCAAUGCUGCUAUACGCUGUGACCGAACACAAAAUUCUCAUCCACUCUCUCCGACCAGCUGUGCUGACUAGUGUGGCGGAAGCACUUGUAUCUAUGAUAUUUCCAUUCCAUUGGCCAUGCCCAUACAUUCCUCUGUGCCCCCUGGCUCUUGCCGAUGUGCUCAGUGCUCCUUGUCCCUUCAUCGUAGGGGUUGACUCACGCUACUUUGACCUCUAUGAUCCACCGAAUGACGUAAGCUGUGUGGACCUGGAUACCAACACCAUCUCACAAACUGAAGACAGAAAGAACCUUACAUGGAAGAUCCUGCCGAAGAAAGCUUGUAAAAAUCUGAUGAACUCUUUAAACAAUCUUUACGAACAGCUUGCAGAACUGCAGCAAAGGCCGAGGGAAGAGGCUUUAAUGGAGAUGACAAUGAAUGACUGUGAUUUAAACUCUGGUAAGAAGGUGCAGGUGUUGGAGAUGGAAAUACAAGAAGUCUUCCUCCGAUUCAUGGCCUCCAUAUUGAAGGGUUACAGAUCUUAUCUUCUACCCAUCACACAGGCUCCUUCUGAGAAAGCAACUGAUGCAAGCUCACUGUUUGAUCUUCAAGGUUUUCUAAAGAGUCGAGACCGGUCUCACCAGAAAUUCUAUUCAUUGAUGACAAAAACUCAAAUGUUUAUCCGGUUCAUUGAGGAAUGUUCCUUUGUAAGCGACAAGGACGCAAGUCUAGCAUUCUUCGACGAUUGCGUCGAUAAACUGGAAGUGGAGCGCCCAGAUGACAUGCGACUGAUAGAACUGGACGAGUCUCACAGGAGUGAGCACACAGUGUUCAUCACACCUCCUGAACUGCCAGCCCUGCCCAAUGAAGAGGAGCAUCCACUUCAGUACAGUUACAAUGGCUUUCCUGUGCUGACGCCAGAGCUGUUCGACACACCCAAGGGUUUACUUAAGACUCAUUCUAGCAACUUAUCUUCAAAAAACAGUUGUCCCAGCAGUCCAGCACCAAUGGUCAGAAGAACUAAGCAGGAGAUCAAAUCAGCUCAGAAAAUUGCAAAAAGAUAUUCGUCAAUCCCACAGAUGUGGUCAAAAUGUCUCCUACGUCACUGCUACGGCCUGUGGUUUAUCUGCCUGCCUGCCUACGUGAAGGUUUGCCAUUCGAAGGUCAGGGCUCUUCGCACAGCUUAUGAUGUACUGAGAAAGAUGCAGGUCAAGAAGCUUGAGCCACCAGACGAGGUGUGUUACCGGGUUCUAAUGCAGUUGUGUGGACAAUAUGGGCAGCCAGUGCUGGCUGUCCGGGUUUUAUUUGAGAUGAAGAAAGCUGGGGUUCACCCCAAUGCUAUUACAUAUGGGUACUAUAACAAGGCAGUUUUGGAGAGCACGUGGCCAUCAAGCAACGGAGGCGGAUACUUUCUGUGGAUGAAAAUAAGGAAUGUUCUGCUUGCGACAGCUCAAUUUCGAAAAGCUUUGAAAAAACUUCCAUCAAACCCACCACAGACCCCUGUACUCUCGGAUGGCAGUGACCUGGACGCCGUCAGCCACGGCAGCAUGGAUAGUUCUAAUGACACUAACACUGUGGAACAACCCCAAUUCAGCUCUGAGCUGAUGAAAGUAGAUUCCACUGAUGAUAGAUCUAGUACAGGUGGUCAAUCUGAUCUUGGUUACAACUCCUUAUCGAAAGAGGAAGUUAGACGAGGAGAAGUGUCUUCAGGCCUUGAACCCGAGCAGUCUGCUACAGACAAACCUGUGGACAAGGAUUACAAGAAAGGCAGUGACUCCAGUUCAUUGUCUGAGAGUGAAAGUGCAAAGAGCAGUGGCGAAUGUCUGUCUCAGCUGGAUUUCGGAACUACAAGUAAUUUAAAGUCUGUGACCAGCAUUGUAAAGAUGAACUGCAGCUUUGACACCACAAAAACAAGGCAGAGCCCUGAGGAAAACAAUGAAAAUGUGGCAGGACUGCUGUUCACAGCAUCCUUUGAUGAUGCCGGGUAUCCAGAACCUGGGCUGGUUCAGAGCAACAGUUUACGCAGGAGGAACAAGAGUGCUGUGGAGCCUGGGCUGAAAGAGCAAAUGGUGUGGAGAGACCGUAAUCGGCAUCUUAGUGGUGGUGGUUUGUUGGGGCUUAUGAUGAAGGGGAGAAGUGUAGAUCCUGACCCCGCUGAAAUAGCAGAAAAAUUGGGCGCUGAUGCCAAAAUACUUUCAACGGCUUUACAUAUUGCUACAAGACCCAAAACUCUAGACAUUGGCAGGCCCAGGCAUAGCCCAGAGCAGGGCAGUGACAGUCUGGAGAAGGAGCUGAGUGAUGAAGACACACCGUAUGAAGGAGAUGAAACUUUGAACAUCGAGGAGAAUAAAACAGACUCAGCGGCCAUAUUUGACUUGGAGGAUUUAGAUCCUGAACCCGAUACUGUGGAGUCCCGUGUAAAACCUUGUCACAAAACAAGACGAGGACCGCUGCCCAAACGCUUACAGAGGAGUCUGAGUGCUGGAGUCGGGGUCAGACCAGCAGAAAGAAGGGGUGUUGAAGCAGGGUUUGAUCCUCUCUCGCUUCUGGUCGCAGAAACUGAUCAUGAGAAGGAGGAGGAGGAAGAGGAAGAAGACUAUGACAAAUGUCCUUCAACUCCUUCAGCUCGGAGAGACUUGGCUGAAGAAAUCGAGAUGUACAUGAAUUCUAUGAGCAGCCCUUUGAGUAGCCGUACUCCUAGCCUGGACUUCUCAAGACAGGAUGAGGAUGAUCGGAUAAACCCAUCCAAUGUUAAAUACCUGCCCGUUGUAAAGGAAUCCAGAAGAUCAAGCCUCUCUAGCCUCCCAGCUAGCUCGCCCAGAGCAGUAGGAAUCUCCCGAUCCAGGACGUUUCAACCACAUGCAAAGGGAGAUGUGAAUACAAAGAAAAGGGACAGGCUAUGGUCCUCGCCAUCGUUUUCUCCAGGUAGCAGCAGAAGGAUUAGUGCCCAGGAGCCGAGUGCAGCUUUGACCCUAAUGUCUCCAUCUUCUUUCAAGCUGGACUCAUUGCUACCACCUACCUUUGACAUGCUCAAACACAGCAUGUUUUCUGCUGGAAAGGGCGUGGCAGAAAAGGCUAGCAAGUGGUGCACCAAGUUCGCUACAUAUGCCACACCCAUCAAAGAUGGCAAGGAUCGUAACUCAGAUCGGAAUAGUAUUUCCUCAUUUGGGGGACUGGAUAUUGAUGGAUCUUCUUUAGGAGAUGAAGAGGUGUACAAUGAAUCUGAAAGAAUGGCUUCACCCCAGGCAGGUGGCUUGCCUAUAGGUGAGAGCAGGAGGCUGGGAGCGAGACACGGAAGUUUAGAAAGUCCUGGCAAUCCAGAAGCGCCAUCAAAACAUCCAUUUCAAAUUGGAAGCGUUCAUUCAACAAAUUCCAACUUCCCAUUACCGGACAAGUCGGAAUUAGGCUCGUCUCAAUACACAAGCAACACUAGCAUAUUCCAGAAUUAUGCCAUGGAGAUCCUUAUCUCCAGCUGUUCCCGAUGUCGAACGUGUGAAUCACUGGUGUAUGAUGAGGAGAUCAUGGCUGGCUGGACAGCAGAUGACUCUAACCUCAACACAACCUGUCCAUUCUGUGGCAAUUUAUUCCUGCCUUUCCUCAGUGUUGAAAUUCAUGACCUGCGAGGACCUGGCAGAUACUUUCUGAAGUCCAGUCCAUCUGCUGAAAGUAUGCAGAGUUUGUAUUCUAUGCCGAGCUGUCCUGGGACCAAGACGUCUGUGGUUUCCCCACCUGGUCCAGAUCUGACUGAUGUCAGCAAGCCUCAGUCUCCCACCAUUACUGUGCAUGAAGCUCCAGAUCUGCAAAGAAAUGCCCAACCAUCAUCUGCCAGGAGCAUUCAGAUCCCUUCAGAUAGACGGCGUGGGGUCAGCGAGUGCAUUGCUGUGGGACACCCAAUUGCAAGGAGCAUCAGUACGUGUGGUUCUAUGAUUGAGAACACUUACAUCCAGAGACAUGUCCAUGCUGUUCCAACAGGGAGCCUCCCAUCUAACCUCAAUGACACAACGGAUCCAUUGGGCUUGGAAUGGCAGCUGUCUAAUCCUGAUCCUAUCACAGUUCCAUACUUGAGCCCCUUAGUGCUGUGGAAGGAGUUGGAAAGUUUGCUUGAAAAUGAGGGUGAUCAGGUGAUGUCUAUGGCCAAUUUUGUAGACCACCAUCCAAUUGUAUUCUGGAACCUAGUCUGGUACUUCCGACGCAUUGAUCUACCCACCAACUUGCCAGGACUCAUACUAACGUCAGAGCACUGCAACAAAGGAGUGACGAUCCCUCGGAGCUGGAUGUCAGAAGAUAGUAAGCACGUUUUAAUUCAGAUGCUAUGGGACAAUCUGAAGCUACAUCAAGAUCCUGGCCAACCAUUCUACAUCCUCUGGAACGCUAAGACUAAGAAACAUCCCCUUGUUCACACCCUACGAAACAAAAGAGAGUUAUUUACCAAGGACUUCCUUGACAGUGUUGUGAAGAGUAUUCAGAUGAACGAUAUCUACAGGCCUGUGAGUCAGCUUCUGGAAGUGCCGAGCACCCAACCCAACGCAAAGAGGCAAAGGAGUUUGUACAGAGAGAUUUUGUUCCUCUCGCUUGUGGCACUUGGGAAGGAUAACAUCGAUAUAGAUGCAUUUGACCGCGAGUACAAGAUGGCAUAUGAUCGACUUACCCCCAGGCAGGUGAAGCUCACCCAGAAUUGUGAUCGCCCACCCAGCUCUGGAGUAAUGGAGUGCCGGAAGACCUUUGGUGAACCCUACCUCUGAGAACCUCACUGUCGCAGUGCUCAUUGUGUAUUGAGAGCCCCCAAUGUCUGACCCCAUAACAUUAAUUCGAUAAAUCAGCCUUGAUAGCUUAGAAACCUUUAAGAAGAUCAAACACAGGGAUUGUACAGCAAAACGUGUUAAAAUUAGAAAAUAUGUAAAUAUUAUUAAAGGGAUAUUUUAAAUAGUUUUUGUAUCAUGUAGUGUAGGUUAACAAAAAGACUGCAUAGACUAUAGAGAGCUCAGCUCUUCAGAAUAUGCUGCUAUUGUAUACAUAAUGGUCCCAGGGUACCAUUGUAUCCUGUCAAGUCUGUUACCCAUGUGUUUCUUUUUAGAAGUACUUCCGAUCUGAAUUGUAAAAAAUGUUCAUAGAGGGAUAUACGUAGCUGGCACUUUGUGUAAAAGUGACAUGUUUUUCACAUAAAAAGUACUUUUCAGUAUUUGUAAAUUAAAUAAGUAAAUCUUUUGAUGCUAUCUAUCUUUAUAAUUAUAUACAAUCCAGCUUCGAAGUAUGCUUGAGAUAUAUAUAUAUAUAUAUAUAUAUAUAUCUCAUGUGGUGCAAUAUGUUCUUUUUAGAAGUUGCUCUGCAUUGUUUUGUGGUACCCUAGUCAUUUUGAUUAUAGAGAGGCAUGAUACAUCACAUUAGACUUCUUGUCCUGAAAGGAAUUUCCAAACAGAAAAGGCAACUGAGGCAAAAGAGGCCCAAGUUCUGGUAUUGUUUGUUGUGGCCUUGAGGGUUCAACGGAAUUGUUUGAUUAAGAAAUUAUGUACAAGUAAUACGUUGAUUGAGAUCAGAGAAAUAAUGUGUGUAGAUUCUCAAUUUUUUUUAUUUCUCAGAAUUAAAGUUUCCUAUGGGAAAGUGGAAUUGUUUUUAUUAGCAUAUUAAAUAGCACUUUUUGAA